GUUGAUGAUAGAAGUUGUAGGAAGACGCCUCCGCUAUGCAAAGUAAAACAGGAAACAAAGCAGAUAAUGUUCUGUGAGUUGUUGUGUGUAGAGGUUGUAAAGUGGAAGUGCUCAAAAUGUUGUCCGGGGAAAAGAUAAAAAAGCACGGGAACACCGCUUAUCGGCGAUAGUUACAGUUCAUCUUCAACAUUCACCUCUCCUAUUCAUCACUACUAUAACGAACAAAUCAACAUGUCAACUCUAUCUUCCCCUCGCCCAUCAAUAGCCUCUUCGCGCGCCCAUUCCCCCACACCAACAUCCUCCCACCGUCCCUCCUUCGACACUCUAAACACCAACACCGGCGCCGCAGGCCUCAGCGCAUCCUCCACACCCUCAACAGCACGAGCAGUCUCCCCAUCCCUCCACCCUCCACGCCGCAACCGCGUCGCCCUCCGAGACUACUACAAUCUCAAACCCGAAGCCGCAGCCGCAGGCAAUGCAGACGCCCGCCGCUCCCGCAGUGUCCCUCGACACACCGACGCCGGCGACAUCUCCAACACCAAUCUGUCCGUUGUGGCAACAGGCACGGAACUCGAUAACCCGGACUUCAACGCGCAGCACUAUGUUGAGCAGUUACUAGCGACGUCGUCGCUGUCUACGGUGCUCAAGGCCGAGAAUAGUCUUGUUGGGGAUAUUCGUACCCUGGACAGUGAGCGUAAAGCGUUGGUUUAUGAUAAUUAUUCGAAGUUGAUUCGAGCGGUUGAGACGAUUGGGAAAAUGAGGAGGAGUAUGGAUGAUCAGGGAGCGCCGUUGAAGAUGACUAGGACGUUGGGGCCGGCGAUUGGGUUUGUGGCAGAGACUGCUGGGAGUUUGAUUCAGGAGGGGGAGGAGCAGCGGCGGAAGAUGAAGGAGGCGAAGUCUAUGGAGCAGGCGGGUAGCAAUAAGGUUGAGAAGGAGACUGUGAAAUGGGUUUUGGGGGCACCGAGUCGGUUGGAAAAACUUCUGGCGGAUGGUAAGAAAGAGGAGGCCGACAAGGACUGGGUCGAGGUGAAGAAUUUACUUGACAAAUGGGAAGGCGUGAAAGGGGUGUCUGAAGUCAAGAAGGCAUGUUUGAAGGCCAUGGAUACCGGAGAAGACAAGGAAUCAUGAGCAGAAAACGGUUAAGUGUCUGGGCUUUGCACAAUUCCUUCGCAAGGCUCUAAGGUCUAUAAGAGCUCACGGCUACCGGCCCUUCGACUUCUCCAUGAUGUCUCCGAUUGCUCUUACCGGACCGUUCUUUUCUCGCGGUCCUGCAGGGCUUGAAAUUACAGUCCUACAAACGAGAGCCAACGCGAUUGAAGCCGCUAAAGGAGAUUGAAGUACAUGCUUCUGGUCAGACUAUGGACACGCGAUGCAUGAAUUCAAUAGACAAAACAUAAUAUAGCACAUAAUCAUCAUCAAUCCGUACAUGAACAUCAUAUCAUCAUGAAAACCCCAUCAAGCCUUUCCCGCCAAAACAUCCUUACUCGAGUACAGGCUCGCCUUCAAUCCAUACGGAUUAUCCCCAAGAAUCCUCAAAUAUGUAAACGCAUCUGCCUUGUAAUAAAUCCCCACCCGCUGCUCAGUGUUCACCAAUUCCAAC